AUCCUCAUCAUUCAGCAUCCACCCGGCCAUGACAUCCCAGGCCCAGCUUCUUCCGUCUCUCUAUGCCCUCCUCCCCGCCGAGCAGCUCGAGCUCAUGCUCGCGCGCCUCUCCAACACCGCCCUCCACGUCGAGCCAUACCACGUCCGCGACAGUGUGUAUGUCAACACCAACCCCGUGAUUCCCGGACAGCACAGGACUCUGCGCCUACGAGGACGUAAGCGCCGCCGCCGCCGCACGCGCGGUACGCCUCGCUGGGCCGGUGGGCUCGAGGACGAGGCGGUCGAUCGCUGGGAGUACUCUCUCGCGUGGAUGAGCCCUCCGCUCCUGGGACGAGAGUAUGCCGACAUGCAUGUGCAGGCGUGCAUAUCGCUCGAGGUGGCGGGGCUUAGUACGCGGGAAGAGGUCGAAGAGUAUGUUGAGGGACUAGGGUUUAAACACCAGCAUACAACGACGCGUGUCGGCCACCUCUUCUCCCUCCCGAUUGCGGGCUUUACAACCACGCUCCAGCUCACGGUCACCCGCGUACUCGGUGACGAGGGGUUGUCCAAGACGGCCGAGCCGUACUUUGUUCAGAUGACGCCCGCGCGACCCGUCAGCACGACAGCGGAGCGUGGCCUCCUCACGCUGCAGGACGCGAUGCGGGUCAUGCAGGAGACAGCAGGGCGGAUUGAGGGCCUCAAGUGGGAGACGGGGAAGGAUGGAGCGGCCGUCCCAGCAAGGCGAUAGCGAUGGCGGCCGCGGGGUCGGCGAACAGUGAAGUGUUCGGCGUCUCCAGCGGGUCGGGCACCUCCGCGCCGAGGAAUGCCAUCGACCAGCUGCGACACGCUGCGGUGUAGUCGGCGUAGUGUACUAUAGCAGAUAGAAGAGCUAGAAGACUGCAUGCCAUCUCAAGUACAUGGCCAC